CCGUCUCCAUCAAUUCUGCUAUAAAGGACACCGAUUUUCGUUGCUUUUCUUCGCUUAUUUCUCUCGUAAUUCAACGCCGCAGGGCGACGCAAAACGCAACUGAUAUUUCUCGUUAUUUUUCUCUUCUCUGCUGCUACGUCUCUGAAGCUGCUCGGAAGACUUCUUCAAUGUCUCCGUUCUUCUCCAAUCGUCCGAAUCAGUAUGGAGAUUCCAGUUUUCUCCACGGCGUGGUGAGUGAAGCAGCCUCGGCCGUUCAUAAGGUUGCCGGUGAUGUGGCUCCCGAGGUUCGUAGUCCUGGAUUGGUGGCACCCCACUCUGGCUUCAUCAAGCCUAUUUUAUCCGACGCCUUUUCCGCCGCCCAUGGUGUUGCUACUGAGCUCCAGAAUGCUGGAACUCAUGUCGCAGCUGAAGCAAUCUCGGCUGCCCAAAUGUCUCCUCAGGGCCAAAUUUCUGGACUGUUGGGCACUGCCUCUGGACUUGUCAAGCAGGUCUCAUCCGAUGCCAUCUCGGCUGUCCAAAUGUCCCCGGGAGGGUCUCCUCAGGGUCAACUUUUUGGACUGGUGGGCAAUGCCUCUGGAUUCGUCAAGCAGAUCUCAUCCGAUGCCAUCUCGGCUGCUCAAAUGUCUCCGGGUGUGUCUCCUCAGGGUCAACCUUCUGGACUGUUGGGCACUGCCUCUGGUUUCGUCAAGCAGCUCUCAUCCGAUGCCAUCUCAGCUGCCCAAGGUGUGGCUACUGAGGUCCAGCAUGCUGGAAUGGUUGGUGAACCUUUGUCCAAUAUUGAUCGACUUGUCAAGCAUGUCUCAUCCGAGGCCAUCUCGGCUGUCCAAAAUGUUCCAGGAGUGGCUACUGCGGUUGGGAGUGGUGGAGUGCUGAACACUGCCUCGGGAUUCUUCAAGCAGGUCUCAUCUGAUGCCAUCUCUGCCGCCCAUGGUAUGGCUACUGAGGUCCAGCAUGUUGGAGCGGUUGGCAAAUCUCUGGCUAAGAUGGAUAAUCUUGUCAAGCAGGUCUCAUCUGAUGCCAUCUCGGUCACCCAAAAGGUUGCAGGAGCAGCUGCUGGAUUGGCUUCUGAUGUUCAGCAUGGUGGAAUUUUGGGCACUGCCACUGGACUCAUCAAGGAUGUGUCAUCCCAAGCCAUCUCAGCUGCCCAAGGCGUGGUUACUGACUUGAAGCAUGGAGGAGCGGUUAAAGAAGAAACUCAGAGGCUGAAAUACUUGGCAUUUGUGCAAGUAGCCAUUGUCCAUAUGUUUUUGUUGUUCACCAACUUCUUCACUACCCUGAAGCAAAAUUCCGGACCCUUGAAGCCUGCUCUUCAGAUAGUUGAGACAUUAGUUAAAACCGUGAUCGGACCAAUUUUUUAUAAGUUCUUUGACGUCUUUUAUGAUCUACUCGAAUUUGCCGAUGACAAGAUUGGUGAACUUGUGACUAAGAUUGACAGUCUUCUCCCUUCAGUCAUCAAGGAGCCGUUAUCCGAAGUCGUUUCGGUAGGCCGAAAUGUUUUAGGACUGACUGUUGACACGCCUGCUACUGAGGUUCGGAGUACUCUAGUGCCAAGCACUUCCUCCGGAUUCCUCAAUCAGAUCUCGCCCGGAGCCAUCUCGGCUAUUGAAGGUGUGGCUAGUCAGGUCCAGAAUUCCGGAUUGAUUCCCGAACAACUUCAAAUUCUGAAGUACAUGAAAUACAUCAAAUUCUUCAUACAAGUGCAAGCAGCCGCUCUCCGUUUAGUCAAAUUCUACUUUCGAGUUAAGAAAAUGUUAAGACCGUUGGAGCCUAUCAUCGAUGCCAUCGAGCGAGUGGUUAUUAGCUUGUAUCAAAAGUUUUUCGCGAAAAUGGUCAAGAGCCUGGUUAGAUGGGUUCUCAUAAAGUUCUUUGGUGUCCCUGCUGAAGUUUUCGAUUUAAUCGACAAGGUUGGCGAUUUGAGUAAACUUGGCGAUUUGAGUAGGCUUGGCGAUUUGAGUAGGCUUGGCGAUUUGAGUAGGCUUGGCGAUUUGAGUAAACUUGGAGAUUUGAGUAAUCUUGGAGGUUUGGCUACCGAGUUGCCCGGUUCUGGAGUGCUGAGUACUGCGUCGGGAUUCCUCAAACAAGCCUCGUCGAACCCGGUCACAGGCUUCCAAGUUGUGGACGGUGUCCAGCACGCCGGAGCGGUUGAUGCCACAACCAAGAUCGAUGGUCUUAUAUCCCCAUUCUUCAAGCAGGCUACAUCCGUAGCCACAUCGGUCGGCCAAAUCGCUUCAGGAGUGGCCAGUGGCGCCGCUCCCGAUGUCCAACAUACUGGACUGAUUAGUGCCCCUGCAGGAUUCAUCAAGCAGAUCAAGUCCGAAGCCAUCUCGACCGUCCAAAAUGCUUCUGAGGUAGCUCAGGGUCUGGCUACCACUGGAUUCAUCACACAGCUCGCGUCCGGACCUAUUGCAGUCACGCAAAGGUCUCUGGAGGUCCAACAUCAAGUAGAGGAGCCUUCAUUGGCACAAACCGUCUUCGACAUCGUCGAGCCAACAGUCGAAAAAUGUGCAGUUUCGGUUUGGCGCAAACUGAACCGAAUCCCUCUCUUCCCACAAGUAGCUUCGGUAGCCGUCCCGACUGCCGCCUUUUUCACCGGAAUUUACAACGAGGCGGUGGCUAUCGGUGCCAAGAAGGGUUACAUGGUCGCCACGUUUUUGCCGUUGGUUCCUACUGAGAAGAUUGCCAAGGUGUUCAGUGGAGGGAAAUAUGAUUAGUUUACAUAAUAGUAAUUAUAUGAAAUAUAUAUUUCUCGUGGCAGAUGUAAUACCAUAAUAAAUCCACUGUCACUAU